AUGGUGAAACACAAGCAGCAGCUGCGUGCUGUACUUGGCUGUGGUGCGAAGGAGGAGGUUGGAAAUGGAAAACGUAGGAGUGAAUCUUCAUCUGCUUCAAUUGCAUCUAUUCGUGGAGCAAAUGUAGAAGUUGAUGCCAAUGUAGAAGUUGAAACAAAUUUUGAAGAAUACGUUCGUGAUCCCGGAUUAAGGCGACCAAUUGAGGAAUUUGAUAUUUCUAUUCGAGAUCAAAUACGCAGAGAGUAUUUGUCUAUGGGUCCUUGUCAACUAGUUGGGCAUAACUAUCCGAAGACUCAAUUCGGCAAUCAAUUAAGGAGUUUUCAAGAUGUGUGGUAUCAAAAGUUUGUGUGGUUAGAGUACAGUGUAGCAAAAGAUGCUUGCUUUUGCUUUUGGUGUUAUCUAUUCAAGCCUGAAGAUAAAUCAAGUCGGUAUAAAACAGAUGUAUUCACCAAGACGGGGUUUACCAAUUGGAAGAAGGCUUUAAUUAAAUUUGUGGAGCAUGUUGGAGAUGAGAAUAGUUGUCACAACAAUGCAAGAAUACAAGUUGAAGCAUUUAAAGAUCAAAGACAUAGUGUGGCAAAUAUGUUUAGAUCAAAUGCUCGUGAGUUGGAUGUUGCUUAUCGCACUCGUUUGACGGCUUCAUUGGAUGUGACUCGUUUUCUAUUGAAGCAGGGAUUGCCUUUUCGUGGACAUGAUGAGUCAACUACUUCUUUAAAUCGAGGUAAUUUUCUUGAGUUGCUUCAAUGGUAUAGUGAUCAUAAUGAUGUUGUUUCCAAAGUUUUGGGUUCAAAUGCUCCUGGUAAUAAUCAAAUGAAUUCCCCACAAAUUCAAAAAGAUUUAGCACGUGCUUGUGCUUCAGAGGUUACACUUGCUAUAAUCAAUGAUAUUGGGGAUAAAGUGUUUACCAUGUUGGUUGAUGAGGCUCGAGAUGUUUCAUUGAAAGAGCAAAUGGGAGUUGUUUUAAGAUAUGUGAAUGAUAAAGAUGUUGUCGACACUUGUUCACAUUCUUUGAAAGAUGCUCUUAGUGCUUUAUUUGUGAAACAUGGUUUAUCACUAUCAAAAUUGAGGGGUCAAGGAUAUGAUGGAGCUUCAAACAUGAGAGGUGAGUUCAAUGGGUUGAAAGCCUUAAUAUUGGAAGAAAAUCCUUAUGCUAUGUACAUUCAUUGCUUUUCACAUCAACUUCAGUUAAUUGUUGUUGCUGUUGCUGUUGCUAAGAGUAUCAUGGCUGUGAAGGACUUUUUUAGCUAUGUUUCCAUGAUAGUGAAUACGACUGGAGCAUCUUGCAAAAGAAAAGAUCAACUUAGAAUGUUAGAACAUGAGAGAUUGGUCAAAGAACUCAAUGAUGAAGUAAGGAUGACUGGAAGAGGCCUAAAUCAGGAGACUAGUUUGGCAAGACCUGGAGAUACUCGAUGGGGUUCACAUUAUUUUACUUUGCUUCGUUUAUGUGCUAUGUGGCCUUCAGUUGAGAAAGUGUUGGAGAAUAUACAUGAUGAUACCACUAGCUCUGAGGUUAGAAGUACUGCAAGAGGUUUGCUUGGAAAGAUGAAUACUUAUGAGUUUGUCUUUGUGAUGCACUUGAUGAAAUAUUUGUUAGGAAUGACAAAUGAGUUGUCAUUUGCCUUACAAAGAAAGGAUCAAAAUAUUGUGCAAGCCAUGUCUCUGAUUGAUACAGUGAAAGCUCAAUUACAUGACUUCAGAAACACUGGUUGGGAGAUAGUUUGUGAUGAAGUAAAUAGUUUUUGUGAGGUGAAUGUCAUUUCUUUGAUUGAUAUGGAGGACACUAUAACUCAACCUGGUUAUAAAAGGCAGAGCAUCACCAAUGAUCAUUAUUAUCGUGUGGAGAUUUUUACUGAGGUUGUUGAUUUAAUCAUACAAGAGAUGAAUAAUCGUUUUUCUGAAGCUAGCACCGAUCUACUUAGGUGCAUGGCAUGUGAUUGUUUAUGUCUUCAACAACAACUCCGUAAUUUCAUAGCAUUUGUACGCCAUCAUCCUCGCUUUUCUACGAUCACUGAUUUGGGAAGUUUUGCUCAAGAAAUGGUUCAAAGUGGCAAUCAUUUAAUUUUUCAAUUGGUUUAUCGAAUGAUUGAGUUGACAUUGGUUUUACCUGUUGCCACUGCUUCUGUUGAGAGAGCAUUUUCUGCAAUGAAAAUUGUCAAAAGUGAUUUGCGAAAUCGUAUGCAGGACGAGUGGAUGAAUGACAUUUUGAUCGUGUACAUUGAAAAGGAUAUUUUCUCAACGAUUGAUAACGAGAAGAUAUUGCAACGUUUUCAAUCGAUGAGUACUCGUCGCAAUCAGUUGUCAUCGCUUUCUCAAACAGAAAUAAGUAGCUCACCAAGUAUUUAUUCUUAG